AAACCAGGAUCGUACCUUCCACCGGCGCUUAUUCUCUCCACUGCAACCGGCACCUGAGCAGGCAGCUGGCACCGCAGUUUCGUAGCUGCCACCACCACCACAAGCGCGUUGCGUCUCUGGUCAUUCCUCUGCUGCUUCUGCUCUUGCUGCCGCCGGUGCGCCUCUUUGGAUCGUGGUCGCGCCGCCGCUUUGUUCCGCCAUCUGCUGUACCGCUGUCCUCCUUUCCACGCCGUGACCCAUCUUUGUUCUUCUCUGUUCUCUAAGUACCCUCAAGGUUCAGUUCGGUAUGAGGUUGAUAUUAAGUAACUUCCCGAGCAGAUUGAUACCUCUAUCUACAGGCUAGCAUACAUCAAAAGGUAAUUAUGGAAGCAAUUUUGGUUUUUCAAACACACUUUCCAUUGGAGGCUUUUUAGUUCGCGCGCACAACUCAGUAGCCUCACUAGCCUGUAGCCCCUUUCACCUCCUCUUCUAUGAUGUUCUUCUUCUUCUUCACUUUCUUUUCUCGUCUCUCUUUCUAUCUUUACCUUCUAAUGUUAGCAACCAAAUAACACAAAUAUAAGAUGGCACUGUACAUGCCAUUGUUUAGGACAUGUUCUACCUUAAGAUAAUUCACCCAGCUUCAUGCCCGUCUUGUCGUAACUGGACUCCACAACGACCUACUUCCCUCCACAAAGCUCAGUGAGUCAUAUUCUCACAUGGGUUCCCUCCUUUCAUCAAUGCUCGUUUUUGACACCCACCCAUCUCCUGAUUCCUUCAUGUUAGGUGUCCUCAUCAAGUGUUAUCUAUGGAACCACCUUUUUCACCAAGUGGUUUCACUCUACCAUAGUCACAUUCACAUGGGUAACUUCAUUUUUGUGUACCCUUAUGUUCUGAGGGCUGUCUCUGGUGUUGGGGACUUGGUUACCGGAAGAAAGGUCCAUGGUACGGUGAUUAAGUCCGGCCUUGAAUCAGAUGCUGUAAUUGGAACCUCAUUGUUGUGUAUGUAUGGUGUGUACUGUUUGGGUGAUGCCCAGAAGGUGUUCGAUGAAAUGCCUGAGGGGGACUUGGUUUCGUGGAGUUCUGUUAUCUGUUGUUAUGUUGAGAAUGGAAGGCCCAGUGAAGGGCUGGAAAUGUUUCGCAAGAUGCUUUCAAAGCAAAUUAGACCUGACAAGAUCACUUUGCUUAGUGUAGCCGAAGGUUGUGCUAGAGUUGGUUGUCUGAGGCUGGUGAAAUCAAUCCAGGGGUAUGCAAUCAGAAGUGAAAUGGUUGGAGAUAGCAGUUUGAGUAAUGCACUUAUUAUUAUGUAUGGCCAAUACGGUCACUUGCGAAGAGCAGAAGGGCUCUUUAAAUUCCUCACUGAUCGAAGUACUGCCUGUUGGACUUCUAUGGUUUCGUCCUAUAAUCGAAAUGAGUGCUUUAGAGAAGCACUUGCGAGUUUUAUCCAGAUGCAGGAGUCACAAGUGGAACCAAAUGCAGUGACAAUGAUUAAUGCUCUGUAUUCAUGUGCUAGAUUAGGGCGGUUGAAAGAGGGGAAGUCAGUUCAUUGCUUUAUUUUAAGAAAAGCAAAGGAUUUAGGAGAUCUUGAUAUCGGUCCUGCGCUGGUGGAGUUUUAUGUUGCAUGUUGGGAACCAAGCAGUUGUCAUAAACUUCUUUAUAUAACCGAAAAUAGUGUCAUAGAACAUACUUAUAUCGUUUUAUGCUAGGGUGGGAUUACAUGACAAUGCAAUGGUACUCUUUGCUAAUAUGUUGGGUAAGGGGUUAAUCCCGGACUCAUAUAGCCUAGCAAGUUCUAUUUCAGCAAGUGCAGGCAUUGGUUCGAUAGAAUUCAGACAGAAGAUACACGGCCAUGCCAUGAAAAGAGGUUUCAUGGAUGAAUUUGUUCAGAACUCCUUGAUAGACAUGUAUUUAAAAUGCGGCUUUGCAGACUUGGCAUACCUGGUUUUUGACAAGAUUACAGAAAAAAGUAUUGUGACAUGGAACUGCAUGAUUUCUGGGCUUUCUCAGAAGAGGUUUCAUGGAUGAAUUUGUUCAGAACUCCUUGAUAGACAUGUAUUUAAAAUGCGGCUUUGCAGACUUGGCAUACCUGGUUUUUGACAAGAUUACAGAAAAAAGUAUUGUGACAUGGAACUGCAUGAUUUCUGGGCUUUCUCAGAAUGGCUUUUCAGUAGCAGCACUCAAAUUAUUUGAUCAGAUGUACUUCAAUUGUCUGAAGAUUGAUGAAGUAACCUUAUGUGCAAUUCAAGCUCGUUCCAAUUUGGGCUAUCUUGAGGAGGGAAAAUGGAUUCAUCAUAAAAUCAUUGUAUCCGGUGUACAGAGCGACCUUUAUAUUAAUACAGCUUUGGUUGACAUGUAUGCCAAAUCUGGAGACCUUCAAACAGCCAAACGAGUUUUCGAUAUCAUGCCAGAGAAAAGCGUGGUGUCAUGGAGUGCCAUGAUCGCUGCUUAUGGUAUACAUGGUCAAAUGAUUGAGGCUGGUUCACUCUUCACAAAAAUGGUAGAGUCAGGCAUCAGACCAAACGAAGUAACCUUCAUGAAUAUCUUAUCCGCAUGUAGGCAUGCUGGAUCAAUGGAGGCCGGAAAAUUCUAUUUCAACUCGAUGAGGGACUAUGGCAUAAGCCUAACAUGAACGUUUUGCCUCUAUAGUCGACCUCCUAAGCCGCGCUGGUGAUCUUGAUGGAGCACACAGAAUAAUUAAAUCAAUGCUCUUCCCUGUAGAUUCUAGCAUAUGGGGAGCUCUACUUAACGGAUGCCGAAUUCAUGGUAGGAAAGACCUGAUUCGACAAAUUAACAAUGACCUUCAAGAAAUAAGUACAGAUGAUACAGGGUACUAUACGUUGUUAUCUAAUAUAUAUGCCGAAGGAGGAUACCUCCAUGAAUCCAGAGCGGUGAGAACAAAGAUGGAAGGGAUGGGACUAAAGAAGGUUCCUGGUUAUAGCACCAUUGAAGUUGAUAGGAAAAUCUACAGAUUUGGAGCUGGGAAUCCUUCUGAAUCUAAAGAAAUUUACAUGUUUGAAGAAUACUUACGAAGUUUGGGACAACUAUGUGACGUAGAAGGCUAUAAUAAUAUAUUUUCUGAGGAUUUUAAUAUUAAGAGCUUGUGGAGGAAAGCUAGUAGUUAUAUUUGCAAUAAAUUGGUCACACUUUAGAAAUAAUGGGAUACUUUAAAGACUUAAGGACCUUUUCCAAAACCUUUAAGAAGCUAUAGAGCUGUGAUAGUUGGAAUGGAUCCAGUAUGUUGUGAAUCAACUUCAUGGAUGGAAAACGCCCAGGUUAAGAAGUUAUCUCGUGGUUCCACUCAACCAUUUUAUCAGAUUCGUCUACCUUCAGCAUGGAAUUUUCAUUUGUAUUUUUUCUUGUUUUCCAUGAGGAUCAUUUUAAUUUUAGCUUAUAUGUUGACUUUCUAAGCAAUUGAUUCUUCUUGUACUUCUUCACUAAAUUUAGUAAAAAUGUCUAGUGGUAGUGGAUAUUUUAUUUUAAGUUUGUAUCCUAAUUGUUAUAUGAGAAAAAGUGACACUGGAAUUGUAUUUGAGUGUGAUAAUCCUAUUUUGUUGCUCACUUGUAGAGUAAAUUCUUUAUCUGAGUUAAAGAAUCCAAUAUUGACCAACCUCGGUUCUAAAGGGACCAAAAGUGGUUGGAAGAGUUGAGUAUAGGUUGCUAGCACUGAUGGAAAAUGGAGUUUUUUGGUUUCGUCUAUUUUGGCUUGAUGGCGAUGAGUAUGUGUACCUCAUGUUUGAUAUUCAUAAGAGUAUCAUGGCAAAACAGAUGGAGUUUUCUGUGGAGGUCGAUGAUGUUGGUGAUGGUGGUUCUAGCCCCUCGAAUUUUGUCUAGAACGACCCACCUUUUGCACCACCACCACUGCACUGUGCUAGUCCAGUGGUAGACAUGGACAUGGAUGGUGAGGAUUCCGAUGAAGAGUAUGUUGCUAAUAGCAACGAUGGUGAUUCUUUUGAAAAUGAUGAGGAGGAGGAGUUUGUACCAGAAAUUCUGGUCAGUGCUUCAAUUCGGUAUCUUCGUUAUUGCUGCAAGCUGUUCGUUGUUGCCAUCAGAUUGCUCUGCCAAUCUGUUAAUAGCUGCUUGCAUUCCAGUGUUUUCUGCCAUUGACUCGAUGAAAGCACCAAUUUGAUACAAACCUAGAGAAGAAUAGUUUUAUUGAAUGAUGGAAAAUAAAUAGUGUAAAAGUGUAUCACUGAUGUACAGCAAGUAUGUAUCAUAGAAAUAGAAUAGUAGUGGAUGAGGAAGAACAAGAGGAUCCCACCCAAGAGUCACCUGCAUCAGAUUGGAGAUCUCAAUUCAGAACAAAAAAUAAUACACCAGAGUAGAAGAGAAGAAUAAGGAAAAAAUCAGAGAAGAAGAUUCACAGUGUGCAAUGGCUAUCCCUCAAUUCCAUCCUGCUAAUUAAUGCACAUGCAAGUUUCUGCUUGCUUCUGCCACUGUUGGUUAGAUCCCCUAAUUUUCAAGUCUGUCUUCAUUUGUGCCUAACCGUAUUGCCUUUCUCUCUGUAUCAUAGUGAAAUAUUGAUUAUACUUGGUAAACACUAAA